AUGAGUUCCCUCUCCUCCUUCUUCUCCUCUCUGUCUUUACUCCCUCACACCGUCAGAGACACUGAGGUCCCCCUUCUCUUCCGUGAGCCCUACAUCCUGUCUGGCUACCGGCCCGUGGGCCAUUCCUGGAGCUUCUACUUCCUCAGCCUCUUCCAGAUACACAAUGAGACAAUCAACGUGUGGAGCCACUUGCUGGCCGGAGUCUGCGUUGCGCUGAGGUUCUCUGUGUUUGCUUUGAUGUACGGGCUGGGUCUUUAUCUGGACCUGGCCUGUCUACCACUGGUCUACUACGUCCUGUCUCUUCUGGCCUACUUGUGCUGCAGCGCUACAGCCCACCUGCUCCAGUCCCACUCCGAGCUGGCCCACUAUGCCCUGUUCUUCCUGGACUAUGUGGGAGUGGCUGUGUACCAGUAUGGCUGUGCCCUGGCUCUAUACUUCUACAGCUCUGAUCCCGCAUGGAGACGCAGUCGAGUAGGAGAGGUGUUCCUCCCUGCAGCAGCUCUCCUGGCUUGGUUGUCCUGUGCCUGCUGCUGCUUUGCCAAACUCAGUUACCGCCACCCAUACCCACUCCAUCGUAAGCUGUGCCAGGUCGUGCCAACCGGUCUGGCGUACCUGCUAGACAGCAGUCUUGUGGCACAAAGACUGUUCAGCAGGACCUGGGGAGACGACCCUGCUAUGACCCUACACACAAUACAGAUGUUGCUGUUCCUCCUGGCAGCGUUCUUCUUCUGCUGUCCCAUGCCUGAGCGUUUCUUUCCUGGGCACUGUGACAUCAUCGGCCAUGGGCACCAGCUCUUCCACUUCCUCCUCUCCCUCUGCACGCUGACCCAACAGGAAGCUGUGUUUGAGGACUUCCUGUCCCGGCGGGCGUCCCUGACGAGGGAGUACGGGGAGUGCCGCCUACUGGUGGCAGCCGUGUCAUUUCCUGUCCUGGUGUUCUGUAGCGUGCUGACAGCUGUGGUCAUGAGGAGAUUGGUGGAGAGGAGGCUGAGGAAGGAGGACAGAUGAGGGGAGG